AUGGAGGCGCUCGACCCAACCACCGGCCAGCCCCUCCCCGGCGACGCCAUCCAGCGCAUCCUCUUCGUCGCCAACACCGUUCACGUCUACAACAUCCCGCCUCUGGCGUCCAUGCGCGGCCACGCUGCCGCCUCCUGGACCGAAGAUCCCGCCCGGCACAUCUUCACCGCACGGCUGCGCGUUGUUGAAACGUCGUUUGAGAACGCCGACGCCGCGUCCAGCGUCAAGAUCGACCUCGUGCUCGAAGACCCGUCCACCGGCGCGCUCUUCGCCGCCUCGCCGUACAACGACCGAAGCGCCGUCGAGCCCGUCGUUGACAGCAGCCGCUUCUUCGCCGUCACGGUCAAGGAUCCGCAGGGACGGAAAGCAGUGCUGGGCAUUGGCUUCGAGGAGCGCUCCGACGCAUUCGACCUGGCCGUGUCGCUGCAAGAGGCCCGACGGAGCCUUGGGUGGGAGGUCGAGCAGAGCCACGGCGCAACAGAGACAAAGGCCAAGACGGAGACAAAGGACUACAGCUUGAAAGAGGGCGAGACCAUUACAGUAAACCUCGGCGGCACAAAGUUUGGCAGAAGGCGGCCCCCGCCAGCAGAGGAAUCUACCUCUUCCAGCUCAGCGGAUCUACAGUCGUUUGCCCUUCCACCGCCACCGGCUGCGGCACCGGGAGCUUCGUUUUCUCUGCCGCCACCACCGAAAACCUCAGAUGUCAAAGAGAAGAGAAAGUCGCUAAAGAAUUUGGGGUUUGAUGACGGGCAGUUUGGAGAGUUUGCGUAGAAGGGAGAAGGAAAAGGAAGCCGAAGAAACAAUGAGAUUAAAUGACACUGUGCAAUUGCAUAGACAAUAAAUUACAACAUAGACAGCCUUUCCAGAAUUAAUUGUUAAUAUCCACCCAGCCAAUUUGUUGAUACAAGUCCCUUGCUUUCAUUUAUGCCACUACUAGUAUUAUACCAUUAUUUCUUUCUCCUAAUGCACGAUGAAUGUGAUAUGUGAUAUGCCCAACUAGAUCUACGAAACAUUAAACUGAUAGAUGCUACAAUUUUUGUUUUCCUUUGUUAAUUUUUCCUUCUUUAAACGAGCAAUUCUGUUUGUAACUUGCUGAUGCUUUUUUUUUUGUUUUGUUUCAAGCGCCCGGCCAAACAAAGCUGAGAGUUGGAAGACUCAUGCGCUUUUCCUCAAGGCACGACGAUAGCCUUUCCCUCACGUGGGAUGGACGCAGCUGUGAAAUCUCCGUUGCAUUGUCGCUCUUCUGGUAUGUGUACUCCAGGCCAUGGUUGCACAGAUCUUCGCUCUCGGUAUCAGUCUCUGACCUUGAUUCGGUUUCCUCUUCGGUAUUGUUGGCAAUCUCGUUGGUGUCUUCUUCCUCUCCCUCUUGUACUUCAACCACUGUGUCGAGGACUCUAGGCUUGGCCAUAUCGGAUGGACAGAGCUGAAUAUGUUCUUGUGAAAUCUCAGAUCGAUUUUCAGACGGAACAAAUUUUCUUGAGCCUGCAUUGAGCGGUGUCGUGCGUGGCAUCAAGUUCUUCCUCUAUCAAGGAAUAUUGGUGGAUUAACUCGAUCGCUGUGAGUGAGUGCCUUUGAAGAGACGCCGUGAGAUAUGCUCGUUCAGAAUAAAUAUCUUCAUAUGACCGAGGUUGGAACAUGAGAUUCCAAGCCGGCGUCGCAUUUUGAGGGUUUCGUUUGCUUCUGCAGCGGGGGCUACUUCUGGUGUCUUUCUCAGCAUCAGGAGAGCUCCCUCUUGAAGUGGAUAAUGUUGACAUUGAUGAACGGGAAUCGAAUGAGUUUGCACGUCGGGAUGAUGGAGAUGAUGAUGCUGGAGAGAGAUCUCGACCAAGUCCUCGGACCGAUUUCUCGGAGAUUGUAAUUGGUUCCAUAUCCCUAGAAUGAUAGUUGAGAGAUGAAUAUUGGAUGGUGCAGCGAUACGUUGCCAGAACGGUGAUGGCAGAUUAUCCCCAGUUUAUGAGUCCUAAGCCAAGACCAAAAGCCAGUGUCUACACACCUAGAAGCAGCUGACCAUUUUCAGCCGUUGAAGCUAUUGUUCUCACGAGAGUUCAGCCAAAAGCUCAGCCCAAUGCCCAGGCCUGGAUUUAUUUGUUUCAAGACCCAAUGUUAAAUGCCGCCACCGCCGCCACCAACAUACGCCUUGAUUGUUUGCAUUGGGAUUUUUCUACGCUGCAGGGGCUUUUCUCCGGCUAUGCGGGCAAUGUCAACCAACACAGUGGCGCUUCGUGGGCCGUGCUCUGAUCGCUUCUCGUCUUCGAACGCCACUCGAACCAAGAUCACAUCCGGAUCGCUAGUUGGCAAAAUAGCAGACAACGACGCUCGACUAUCGUGGCGCAUCAUUGGCUCGGUAUGUGUAGAUUAGACUCGAAGAAGAAUGGGAUGGA